UCCUUUUCAUUCAAAACAGGCAGGGCAGGGAGAGGGGAGGAGGUGGAGGAGGCGCCGAGCGAAGAAAAAAAAAUCGAGUGAGCGGGCCGGCGGCGCGGCGCGGCGGCUGCCUUCUCUGCGCGUCCGGUCGAGCUCGGUUCGUCGGGUGAGCGCGGUCGAUUCAAGAGCUUAAGGGAGCAUGAGUACUGCCAACGGCACACGGCGUGCCUCCAGAAGGCAAUCACAAGAUGCUGAUAAGGUCGUCGUGAACUUGGUCUCAACCCCCCCAGCGGCGGGCAGCCGACGUGGAGUAUCGACCUCUAACGCUGGCGUGCGCACCUCACCCAUUGAUGUGGAAGCCCUCGAGGAUGAAGUGCAGGUCGUAUCAGCUUCACAAGUGCCUCCUCAGAGGAGGAACCGGAGACCCAGGAGGCAGCCUGUGACAGUAGUUGAUCUCGAUGUACAUGCUAUCCGGCAAGGAGUGUCUCAUGAUGAUAAUGCAACAGUGCUUUCUCAUAACACAAGGAACAAACGCCCAAGAGUUUCCCCUGUAAUAAACAUCUCUCCAGAAACAGGAGAAGGGUCCAGCUUACAGUCAAAAAAUGCGGGGAAAACUAGCAAAGAGCCUGUGAAGGUGGCUCCAAAGGAACCCAUCUUCACCUGCCCGGUGUGUUGGAACAAGUUGGACGAGCCCGCCACAACAAUGUGCGGCCACAUCUUCUGUACAAACUGCAUCAAGCAAGCCAUCCAGUACCAGAAGAAAUGUCCUACCUGCCGGAAGCACCUGAAGAUGAACAAUUUCCAUCGCAUUUACCUUCCUAACACCUCCCGUUAAGGGUCAGGAGUCCUCCCAGGGAGAACCAUGGUGGAUCUUCUGCUUGGGAGCAUUGUGUAUCAUCAUCACCUAGAUGAAUGUAUGGAAAUGGGUCGGUAGGAGUUCAUCGUCCUGAUGACCGGACUGGAUAACCUUCUGCCUGAAAUGGGUUAACCUGAUAAAGAUAGUGGAUAGCCUUCUGCCUGAAAUGGGUUUAACCUGAUAAACAGAGUGGAUAGCCUUCUUCUGCCUGAAAUGGGUUUUACAAAUUUGCCUGUAGCCUUCUGUAUAUUGUUUGCGGCAACUUAAAAAUGUUGUAUGUAUUAGGCUAAUAGCCUUGUACCCUUCUCUUCUCCAUAGUUGGUCGAUGUAACUGCAUCUGAGAUUGCACAUUUGGUAUUUCUGUUCAGUGCCGUGCUA